AAAACAUCUUCCUACUAAAGUAAAUGUUCCUGAAAGUGACCGUAGUGAUCAAAUGCAUCUCUCAAACAAAAAAGAGAAUCAAAGACAUCUCAUUUCCUCAGGAAUUGGUUUAUUCCGAAGACUAGUGGCGAAUCUCCAAACACUUUUGGGAAUCCAUCGUAUAUAUCAUAUGAAAUUGAUACAUGAGCGGGUCAAGCAGCUUCUACCUCUUAUGUGUAAAGCAGCAAGUGAAAGUAUGACAAGUGAAAGUAUGAGUUUUAAUAAAAGAAAGAAAUUGGAAGCAGCACUAUGUGUGGCAGCAGAACGAGGGCAUGUAGAGUAUAUUACUAAUUUUCUUGGAAAUGACACAUAUCCUUUAUUUGGAGUUAAGAACCAAAAAGGUCAGAGCCCGUUUCAAAUUGCCGUUGAAUGCCGUCAACACAAAGUUUAUAAUCUUAUAUAUCUCCUUGAUCCGUUGCCCAAAAUUCGAAAUACACUUGGCCUCGAUCAGUCCGACAAAAUACAGAAAAGAGUGGGGAUGACAGAUGACUUUGGCAAUAAUCUGCUACAUACGGUAGCACGUAUUACCCCAAUGUCACAAAUUGGUCACAUUCAAGGUGCAAAUGCAAAGAGAAUUACAAUGGUUCAAGGAGGUGGAGAGCAUUGCAAAUCCCAAGGAUUGUGAAUCUGUAAACAAAGAUGAUAUGACACCAUAAAAAGUAUUUACGGAGAAUCACAAAGAAUUGGGGAAAGAGGCAGAAAAGUCAAUGAAGGAAACAACAACUUCUUGUACAGUUGUUGGUGCUCUUAUUGUCACCAUAAUGUUUGCUGCAACAUUCACAGUUUUCGGUGACAAUGAUGGAAAGAAAGAUGUUCGUACAUUCUUAACUAGCAAGGUAUUCGCAAUAUUUAUAAUUUCAGAUGCAAUCUCGCUCUUUUCUUCAACAACUUCGGUUAUCAUGUUUUUGGGCAUUCUCACGUCCCGUUAUUCUGAAGAUGAUUUUUCUAAAUCCUUGCCCACCAAAAUGAUAAUAGGCCUUUUCACUCUCUUUUUGUCUAUCGCCACCAUGAUGAUUGUCUUUUCUUGUGGCCUUUACAUUAUGCUUGACGGGAAAUCAUUGAUUGUUAUUCCAAGCAUUUUGCUUGCUAGUGUUCCAGUUACCUCGUUCAUAUAGAUGCAAUUUCCAUUGCUUGUUGAGUUAUUCAUUUCAACUUUUGGACGGGGAAUAUUUGAUGCGAAUAAGAAAAAGUUGUUUUGAGUUAAUUCCUAUGUUAUCUUUAGUUGGGUUUGGAUUUGCUGUUAUUUAAUAAA